CGUUAAACCACUCUUGAUUUGACACGCCUAACCCAAUGGCGAGUCCUUCAAAAGCGCGCCAGAGAAUAAAGGCCUCUACUACUUCAAGCGUUAGCAGCUACGACCGGGACGAUGAUGACCACGUCCACGCCAUAUACCAGAAUCCGAACUCCCGCAGCCCAGUCGAACGGGCUCUAGAUACUCCACAAGCAAGUGCUGCAAUGGUGGGUGUCCUGACGGCGAUAGCAUUUGCGCUUCGUUUCUACAAAAUCAAUCAACCAGAUCAGGUUGUUUUUGAUGAAGUGCAUUUUGGCAAGUUUGCCUCCUUUUAUAUCACUCGCGAGUACUACUUCGACGUGCACCCCCCUUUCGCAAAACUAUUAUUCGGACUCGCUGGCUGGUUCGUCGGGUUUGACGGUCAUUUUACAUUCGACAACAUCGGGGACAGCUACACCGAUAAUCAUGUACCAUAUGUCGGCAUGCGUGCUUUACCCGCCAUUCUUGGAAGUCUUACGGUGCCCGUGGUAUACGCAAUCAUGAAGGAAACUGGCUACUCUACUAUCAUCGCUGCCUUUUCCGCAUGUAUCAUUCUCUUUGACAACGCACACAUUGCACAGUCACGGCUGAUUCUCCUAGACGCGACAUUGAUAUUCUUCAUGUCACUUACAAUCUAUUCAUACAUCCGAUUCCGAAAGCUCCGUUAUUGGGAAUUCACGGUUGAAUGGUGGAGCUGGUUAAUUGCUACUGGUUUCUUCAUGGCUUGCACCUGGGGCUCGAAAGUAAACGGUAUCCUGACUGUAGUCACUAUUGGUAUCGCUGUUUUAGUUGACCUGUGGGACAUAUUGGACCAUAAGAAGGGCUUUACAAUGGAACAUUUCUGGAAGCACUUCAUGGCAAGAGCCGUUGGCCUCAUCGCCGUUCCCUUCAUUAUAUACCUAUCAUUCUUCUACGUGCACUUUGCCGUCCUCACGCGUUCUGGCACUGGUGACUCUUUUAUGAGCCCCGCAUUCCAGGAGACACUCAUUGGCAAUGAACUGUUGAUAAACAGCCAAGAACUUCGUUACUACGAUGUUGUCACCAUGAAACACAAGGACACCAAGGUUUACUUGCAUUCGCAUCCCGAGCGCUAUCCUUUGCAGUACGACGAUGGUCGCAUCAGUAGUCAAGGACAACAGGUCACCGGCUAUGGACAUGAUGAUAUCAACAACCACUGGCAGAUCAUCCCCACGAAGGCCCUUCCUGAGGCUGGCCGUGGUCGCGUUGUCCGUCAGGAAGACGUCAUCCAGCUUUUACAUGUCGAUACUCAAACACUCUUACUUACACAUGACGUCGCUUCCCCGCUUAUGCCGACAAACCAGGAAUUCACCACGUGGCCCAAGGACGAUCACUCACGCCACAAUGAUACCCUGUUCAGCUUGAAUAUUAUCGACGCCGACGCCGACGAUCCAUGGAAGAGUAAAUCAAGCCACUUCAGGCUUGUCCAUGGCAUCACCAGGGUAGCUAUGUGGACUCAUACUAAGCAAUUGCCGGAGUGGGCAUUCAAGCAACAGGAGAUCAACGGCAACAAGAACCCCACGGAAAAGAGCGCUACUUGGUUCGUCGAUCAGGUGAUCUCGACUGAAAGUCCCGAAGGUCUCCCUACCGAUCAAGUCCCAAAGGAACCCAAGAAAAUCAGUUUCUUCAGAAAGUUCGGCGAGCUGCAGUUAUUGAUGCUCCAGCACAAUGCGGGUCUCACAUCAUCACACCCAUAUGCUAGCGGCCCAAUCAACUGGCCUUUCCUCAUCAGUGGGAUCAGUUUCUGGACAGAAAACGAAGCUCAAAAACAGAUCUAUCUUAUUGGUAACAUUGUUGGCUGGUGGACGUGCGUCAUCGCACUGUCCAUUUACGUCGGCAUUAUGGGUGCUGACCUGCUUGCCCGUCGUCGUGGUAUUGAACCCAUUCCUGACGCUGUCCGUGGUCGCCUGUGGAACUCUGCUGGAUUCUUCCUCCUGAUCUGGGCUGUACACUACCUUCCCUUCUUCCUUAUGGGUCGGCAGCUUUUCAUCCACCACUACCUUCCGUCACAUCUCGCGUCUGCACUCCUUGCCGGCUCCGUCCUGAGCUUCAUCCUUUCUGAUACGAUCAAUUACCCGAUUAGUAUCGUAGGACGGUGGACGAAAAUGCGCAAAUCGGAAUUCGCAGAUCUUGGCAUGCGAGGGCCUGUGGUGGUGGGCGCAUUCACAUUCAUCAUGUUCUUGAUGUUCCUAUACAUGACACCAUUGACAUAUGGUACACCUGGGCUUGACGGAGACACGGUCAACGCGAAGCGCUUGUUGUCAUCUUGGACACUGCACUUUGCAGCAAAGGAGAUAGCUGAAAUAUCGUGAGACAAGACCAGAGAUAUGUGGAUUGGGCAAAAGUAGAUGCGCCAGGAUCUUGUACAUAGAUGAUAAUCUAUCUGGCUUCUUAUUGGAUUAAUCCGCGGCUUGGUAUACGUUAGUUCUUGUUAAGUAUCCCGUGGGACACGUCCGAGUCAGCCUCCGAACUAUAGC